CUAUAUAAAAGUACACUUCGUAGCCGAACGACGAAGAUACUGAAGAGGCAAGUAAGAGAUCCAAUGGCUUUAACAAAGCUGAUUUCACUCACACUUCUAGGGACUCUAGUCCUGUUGGGCACCUUCACUUCAAUUCAGGCAAAGAAGGCAGAUUUGAAAGAAAUUACACACAAAGUUUACUUUGAUGUCGAGAUUGCCGGAAAACCUGCUGGUCGUAUCGUCAUGGGUCUCUUUGGGAAGGCAGUUCCUAAAACUGCAGAAAAUUUCAGAGCACUGUGCACAGGGGAGAAAGGUGUUGGAAAGAGUGGAAAACCUCUCCAUUACAAGGGAAGUGGAUUCCACAGGAUUAUUCCCAGCUUUAUGAUCCAAGGAGGUGAUUUUACUCAUGGAACUGGAGUAGGCGGAGAAUCAAUUUAUGGAGAUAAGUUUGCUGAUGAAAACUUCAAGCUAAAGCACACUGGACCAGGGCUUUUGUCAAUGGCAAAUGCUGGUCGGGACACAAAUGGUUCACAAUUCUUCAUCACGACCGUCACAACUAGCUGGUUGGAUGGCAGACAUGUUGUAUUCGGGAAGGUGCUAUCAGGAAUGGAUGUUGUUUACAAGAUGGAAGCUGAAGGGACCCAAGGCGGCGAACCAAAGAGCAGAGUCGUAAUUGCUGACAGCGGUGAACUUCCUCUGUAAUUCCCAUAUUUUCUGAACCCUA